GCGCGUCAAUUGCACAUCGAGGAUCCACAGACACACCGACACGGCGACGGCUCCUUUAAGAAAAACUAAGUCAGAAAAUAUCACCCCUCCUUCUUCAGAUCUCACUUGGCUGGUAUUGCAUCAAAGAAACCUUCAGUAGAGUUGCAAGUGAUCGAGGAGACGAUGGGGACUGUUUUUGAACAUAUCUACAUGAAUAUCUAAGUAAGGGAAGCGCGCAACGAGUCAUCUUUAAUUAAGCCCUUUUGACAACCUCGAUAUUGAUUGACAGUUGGAGUGAGACGACCGUUUCCUGAGAGGAGCAUUUUACGCCAGUCUUCGGUCGUGCAGACCGUAGUAGUGUUGCCUGUGGACGUUGUCCUGGAGAAAGCCAAGGCACGACUACUGUGUGUUAUUGUCUGUAGGACUUAUGCUGACGAUCUGGCAACCAUUCUCUCUGGAUAGAAGCAAACGGGAUUCUUAAUCUUGCAUUUGGAGUUUGGUGUUUAUUUUUCCUCAGCCCUGGCCUCGUAGGAGACAUUUGGAGACCGAGGGAAUCGGAUAGAGUGACAGGCCGAUGGCGCAACGGUAUGAAGACCUUCCCCAUUAUGGAAUGGACGGAGUAGGGAUUCCUUCUACGAUGUACGGGGACCCUCACGCGGCACGGUCCAUGCAGGCGGUUCACUUGAACCACGGGCCUCAGUUCCAUUCCCACCAGUACCCGCACACCACACACGCCAACGCCAUACCGCCCAGUAUGGGCUCCUCCGUCAACGACGCUAUAAAAAGAGACAAAGAUGCCAUUUACGGGCACCCCCUUUUCCCACUUCUAGCACUGAUUUUUGAAAAAUGUGAAUUAGCAACUUGCACACCGAGAGAAACUGGGGUCGCUGGAGGCGAUGUAUGUUCCUCGGAGUCUUUCAAUGAGGAUAUAGCAGUCUUUUCAAAACAGAUUCGAUCGGAGAAGCCUUUAUUUUCGUCAAAUCCAGAAUUGGAUAAUUUGAUGAUACAGGCAAUUCAAGUUUUACGGUUUCAUCUGCUCGAACUUGAGAAGGUUCACGAGCUAUGCGACAAUUUCUGUCAUCGAUACAUCAGCUGCUUGAAAGGAAAAAUGCCCAUUGAUUUGGUCAUAGAUGACAGAGAUGGAAAUAAAUCAGACACUGAAGAUUUUACUAGAUCAUCUGGAAAUCUUGAUCAGAUUUCGUGGAGCAGAGACCACGAUGACGCGGCAUCUAUACGGUCCACGGGGACACCGGGGCCCUCCAGCGGGGGCCACACGUCACACAGCGGAGACAACAGCAGCGAGCAAGGUGACUGCCUGGACAACGGGGUGGCUUCUCCCAGCACGGGGGACGACGACGACCCCGACAAGGACAAGCGGCACAACAAGAAGCGGGGGAUCUUCCCUAAAGUGGCUACCAACAUCAUGAGGGCGUGGCUCUUCCAGCACUUGACGCAUCCUUAUCCUUCGGAAGAGCAGAAGAAACAACUGGCGCAAGACACCGGGUUAACUAUCCUCCAAGUCAACAACUGGUUCAUCAACGCAAGACGGAGGAUAGUUCAGCCAAUGAUUGACCAGUCCAACAGAGCAGUGAGCCAAGGAGGGCCGUACACCCCAGAUGGUCAGCCAAUGGGGGGCUUCGUCAUGGACGGCCAGACACACAUGGGAAUCAGACCACCUGGCUCCAUGGGUGGUAUGGGCAUGGGGAUGGGGGUGGAGGGACAGUGGCAUUACAUGUGACCCUUCAUGGGAGAACCUGGUGUACGGCAGAGGGGGACACACUAACGAUAAAGAUCUUACCUGAGGAUGGUAUGUCACUGGGGUGGCACGACGGGCAUGGACAAGGGCAUCACUCUGACCUCAACAGGUGCCUCCUCCUGGCCUGUGCCACUUUCACCUCUCCCCUCCAACCUGCCUGGGACUGGACCUCUAGGCGCAACCUCCCCCUGCAGGGUGUUUGAAACCUCAACCCCCCCCCCCCACCUACCCUACCCCCGAGAAUCUACUGUUGGUACUGUCCAACUAUGACCUGGAGACCUCAGAAACCACAUGCCUUCCUGGGACUGACUACAAGGAUUUGCUCAACUUGAGACUACAACUGCAGGAUGCCCAGAGGACAUUUUUUACUUCACCAAAACAGUACCUCGUGCUUUUUCUCUCCUCCUCUGCUGCAUGCAAAUGAGGAGGGGUGGUGGUGGAGCACUUCGUCUAGCAAACAGACUUUAAGCAAGAAGAAAGCAGAUGUCUGUAUCACCUGGGGAUGUAUCUCAACACAGGCACCCUGGAAGCUUUGUGAAAGAACUGAAACGGUCCUACUGGUGAAUGGAAAAUUGGCAAUAAGGUCACGAAUCGAGUGCUGUUUACUGUUGUACGAUGAACUCUCUGCAGGCGAGAGAUUAACAUUAACACAACUCAUUGCAAGUGCUCCGGUAUUGCUUUUGCAUACUACGCCGUUUUUUUCUCAAAGGAUUUGAUUUGUCUUAUCUUUCACACUAUGUGUGUGUCUUUUUUUCUCUCCUACCCACCCCUUUGCGUUUGAAAAUAAAAUAAAAAUAAGUGAAACGA